CAUGCACUUGUGAGGGAUUUACAGUGCUUAGCUUUAGCUAUGUGAAUGUGUAUGACGUGAACUGGACAAUCAACAGGUAAAGAUCUGAAUGGCAGGUAGUGACAAGGCGAUGUUGUGCUGUCGAGUACAAUGAAGAAAAUAUUCAACUUUGCCAAGAAAAAGAAGUCAUCAACAGGGACUCCCGACAAUGGCAGCGUGCUCUCUGUCGGAUACGAACUGAGAGACAAGGAUUUGGGGAAGGUGCACAAGGCAGCAUCUGUGGGAGAUUUGGCCAAAUUAAAACAACUAGCCACCAAACAAAAGAAUGACAUCAAUCAGCUGGAUAAAGAAAACAGAACUGCGCUUCAUAUCGCCUGUGCUGCUGGACAUGUUGAAGUGGUGCAGUUCCUUGUUGAGAGUAAAGCUAAGCUUAAUCUAUGUGACAAUCAAAUUCGAUCCGCUUUAAUGAAGGCGGUGCAGGGGCAGCAUGAGAGCUGUGUUAACAUCCUUCUGGAGAAUCAUGCCGACCCAAACCUGGUGGACAUCAACGGUAACACAGCGCUGCAUCUGGCUGCUAGCAUCCCCUCUGUGUCCACGGCAGUGCUGCUCCUGGAGCAUGAGGCCAACAUAAAUGCCCCAAACAAGGAGGGCCUCACACCUUUGAGUGUAGCAGUCCGUGAAGAUCAUAUUGAGAUGGCCGAGUUUCUUUUAAAAGAAGGCGCAGAUGUCAACGCUGCUGAUGGCAAUAAAAGGUCACCAUUGAUGAUGGCUGCUGGAAAUGGCCAGUAUGACAUGCUUCAGCUGCUUUUACGUUGUGAUGCAGAAAUCGCACAAAGGGAUGAUAGAGGAUGGUCCGCUGAUGACUACGCUAUAAAUAAUGGACACCAUGCUUGUUCUCAUCUUAUCGAUAAUCACACUACACAGAAAAGUGAUGGGACGUCUUUAUUACAUCAAGACCAUGGCAAAUGUAAGAAAAAAACAUCUGCUGCCUCCCAGCGUGCUGAGGCGGGCUUCCCUCUGGGCGGACCAGCCAUCGACAAAGACGAGCAUGGAGCAAAUCAAGCAGGGGGAGAUUUUGAGGACAUCUCCCAAUCAGAGUCUGUAAGUCGCAUCUCAAAAAGUGGUGCUGAUGAUUGGCCCUCUUCAGAUAAUGACGACGAAUCUCCCAUGAUUCAAAAGAAACCCAAGAAGUUCAACCUAAGGCAAAUGUUUGCAUCUAAAGCAGGAGGAGCCUCUGCGCAGCUUGACACAUCUCUGAGUGGUGUAGAAUCUGAACCAGAGCCUGAGGUAGUUCCCCAGAUCGCUGCACCUCCCCCCAAGGCCUUACCCUCCACCAGCGCCCCAUCCAACCCAGUAGACCCUCACCCCGAGACGCUCCCUUUCAAACCCCCACGGAUGAGCUCCACCCCUCUCUCCAGCUAUAACAGGAAAGAAAUCUCAACGGACGAUGACAGUCAAAACGAGGACUUAGAGGACCAGGAGGACCAAGAUGAAGAGGAGGAGUCUGAGGAAGAGGAGCCAGAGGAGAGUGACCACUCCCACGACGCAGCCUCCACUAUCCCAGAGACCGACACCUCCAAAGACAAGAAGAGAGAUUUCAUGUCUGAGUUGGGUCUUAAAAAAGAUGAACCUGUGCAGGAUUCUUGGGACUCUGAGUCUGACUUGGAUGAUAUCAAUUUACUUAAUGAAAAGAAAGAAAAUAAAACUGUAAAUCAAGAGGAAGUGCCCACAGUCAAAGAGGACAAGGAAGAAAACUUCUUUUAUAUCCCUUCGUUUUUAAGAAGAGAGGGGAGCGGGAGGAUGGCUUUGCUAGACUCUCGGAGGAGUGUAGACAAGCCUAGAGGCAGCCAGGGAGAGGUUAACAGCAGUGAAGUAACUCAUGAUCAAGACCAAGAUGCUCAAAGUGAAAGUUUACAGAAAGAGACCGAAAAGGCAAAAUGGGAACCACUUCUGAACAAACUCGAAGGCGCUUCAGACCAAAAGACAGACUUAAUGGAAGAACUGGGAUUAGGAGAUGCAGAUGAUCUUGCAGAUGCCUCAGACUGGGACUCGGCUAGCACCACCAGUAAACAGACUCUUCCCGGGGGGCGCAGGAUGCCUUCUCCUGGGAUCGAGGAGUUCCCAGAAUCCCCUGAACCUCCAAAGACAGUGGAGGUCUCUAAAGCUGCUCUAGUCACUCCUCAGAGAAGCUUCAACUCCAAAUCAGCAAGUACUGCCUCUGCAUCGGCUCCCAACCCACAGCCACGAGCCAGGAAGAUGACCCCUCGCAAAUCUGAGAGCCAAGAAGAAUCAGACUGGGACUCUGAUCGGCAAAGUGAAAAUCACAUGAUGGAGGCAGUUUAUCAGCAGGCUUUAGAUCAACCAGACUCCCCAGAGCCAAAGGCAGCAAUGACAACUGAGUGUCCUGAAGAGACUGAUGAGGUGGAGCCUGUGGCACGCAAAAACAUCACCACAGAGACAGUGGAGGAGCAGCAUCUGUCCACAUUACAAGAACAAAGUGGAAAUCCAACUGAAAAUGUGGGAUCUGGGAAACUUGAACCUGGAAGAGGAUUCAGGGAAGAGUUGACAAUACAGACACCUCCACAAGAACAGAAGCCAGUGGCCAGUAAACGCACCAACGGAGCCCCAGCCCUCUCUUCCCUGCAGCAGAUGCAACGCGGCAGCAGACAGGACCUUCAGGCCGCUCAGGAGCCCAGACCACAGGGUCUUAGACAUGUUAAUGGAAACCCUCUCUCUGUGUUUGACGAUAGCUCUUUAAGUGAUGUGUCCGAGGAUGAAGGAAGAAUGCCAAAACAAGUUAAGAAAACUGAGCAUUCUGAGGAGGUGGAGAUGGCAGAGGACUUUGAUGAUCUGACUCAGUCCUCAGACACGGCCACAGACGACCUGGACUCUCCAUCUGCGGGUUACAGACACGCCGCUCUGCUGGUGGACAAACUGGACGCCACCUCUCUGGACUCCAGAAACAUGGUGAAGCUGCAGAAUAUUUUCCAUGAGUACGAGCACACCAUUCAGAAGCUAAAGAGCCGCCACAGUUAUCUAUCUGACAAAGUGAACCAGCUGGAGAUGGAGAGAGUGGACAUGAAAAACUCCCUGGAGGAAAUCAAAGAAGUCAAGUCCACCCUGGAGCGCAACCAGCUCGAGCUACAGACCGAAGUCACUAAUCUCAAAUUUCAACUGAAGCAAGAGCAGGAGAACCGCCGUAAUGCCACAAUGAUGUACAAUACCACCAAAGACAAGCUGAAGAGGACAGAGGAGCAUCAACAACUGGAGGUCCAAGAAAAACAAAAGGUGGAACUCACUCUGAGAAACUUGGAGCUGGAAAUGAGGACUCUGGUCAACAACAUGAAGCAGCUUGAGGAGGACCACAGUGAGACUCAAAGGCUGCUGGCCCAAGAGCGCAGUGCACGGGCUCUUCAGGAAAACCUCCUCAAUGGACAUCUGCGCAAACAACAGGAGAUUGAGGCAGAGAACAAAAGAAAUAUCAGCAAAAGCAACGAGGCUUUGUCUCAGCUCACAGAGGCCAGUGACCGGGAGAGAGAGCUCCUACAGCAGACAUCUUCUCUCCAGGAGCAGAUCACCAUCUUGAGAGCCGACCUGGAGCGCUCCCAGGCCAAAAGCAGCCUCAAGGAGGGCCAUCUUGUGGAGGAGAACGAGACGCUAAAAGAGCAGCUGGAAGACGCCCGCAGAGAAGUCAAAGCCAACAGUGAAGCCCUCACCCAAACUGUGUUCAACUGUAAUAACCAGCUCACAACACUGAAGUCUGAACUGGCCAUCACAACAAACCGCUUUGAAAAUGAGAAACAGGCUCGAGAAACAUUGGAGAAGGAGGUUGAAUCAACUCGUACUCGUCUGACCGGAGCCGUGCAGGAGGCCGAGCGGUGCAUGGCCGCGAACGCAGACACUGAAAAGGCUCUGCUCAGAGAGAAGGAGGAGAGCCAGAGACUGAAGGACAGACUCACAGCGGAGGGUUCCAGUCACCGUGAGGCUGUCAGCACGCUGACUCAGAAGCUGUCCAAAGCAGAGACUCAGGCCAACAGCCUGGAGAACGAGGUGCACAGAGUCUCACUGCAGCUCACAGAGAAGGGGCUACUGCUGGACGUCCUGCAGAAGGAGAAGGACGCUCUGGUUGCACAGGUCAAAGAUCUGGACAAAGCUCUUCAGGCUCAGAAGGAAUUAUCCACAAAAACGGGAGCACGCCAUGAGGCCACACAGGAACGCUUGGCCCAAGCUCAGAGUGAAGGCAUGUUGCUACGGCAACAGCUGGAGGAGGCCAAUAACAAAGGAAGCGCCAAAGAGAAGGCCGUGACUGACGCACAGGAGCGCUUCAGUGACAUGCUGACCAAGCUGCGCGCUGACUGUGAGGAGAGGGUCCAACUGGUGGAGGAGAGGAACAAGGAGUUGGCCAGUAAGGCUGCAGACCUCCGAGACCAGGUCUACAAGCUAGAGGAGGAGAAGAAUGACAGAGAGACAAAUCUGAGGCAGCUGCAGCAGGAGCUUGCCGAUUCUCUGAAGAAACUGUCGAUGAGCGAAGCCUCUCUGGAAGUGAACACUCGUCACCGCAGCGACCUAGAGGAAGACAAGGCCCGGAUUCUCAGGGACUCCGAUAGACUCAAAGAAAAGCUGGCAGAGAGUGAGGACCAUUACAUGCAGGCUGAAAAGCGCUACAACUCUCUGAAGAGCAACUUUGAUGACAAGGAGAAAGAACUCGCCAUAACAGCUCAGAGACUCCAGGAGGCGCUAUCUGCUUCAUCUGCUUCUGCUGCCACCAUCAAGCAACUAGAGGAGGCUGUUCAGAGGUUGGAGAUUGAAAAUGCGAGGCUGGAAGCAGCUGCAAAACAACAGUCAAAUAAAAUCGAAGCUCUACAAAAAGGGGCCCAGGAGGCGGCCAUGCUGUCUGACUGGUCUCCUGAGGAAGGGGUCAGGGGUCAUUUGGAGGAGUUGGUUACAAACCUCCAAAGUAGUAAGAUGUCUUUGGAAGACCAACUCAGUAGAGAGGUGCAGAGGCAGAGCGUGUUGUCGCACACAGCCCAGGACUCCCAGGCCUUAUGGGAGCAUGAAGUGAAGAGUCGCUCCAAGUUAGGCAUUCGUUUGUCAGAGCUUGAAAAGGAAAAAGGGGAGCUCACCUCACAGAUUGAAAUAGAGAAGAAAAAAGUUAAGAAAAUUACAGAGCAGAAAAAAUCAGCAGACACUCGUCUCGACCAAGAGAUCAACAGGAACUCUGAGCUGCAGAAAGAAAUGUACAGACUACGUACAUUAUUGAAAACGGCCAAGAAGAAACUGCGUGAUCAGGAAAUGGGAGCAGAGUUUAAUUCUCCCAUGAACAGUCUGAGGAUGGAGAUGGGCCGACUCAACCAGGACCCCCGGAAGGCAGACGAUCUCCAGGUGCAGCUGGACAGGGAGACUCUGCGGCGCAGUCAGCUUGAGAAGGACAACAGCGACCUGCGGGAGGAGCUAGCAAGCCUGAAACGCUCGGGACAAAACAGGCAGAAGACUGAGGAGGAGCUGCAGGAGCUGAGGCAACAGAUAGAGGGCGCUCAAAGGGAGCAGAAUCAGGCUGAGGAGAGGGCCAGGCAUGAACUGCAGCACAAACUGGAGCAGGUCAACCUCUUCCUACAGACCCAGGCGGCUUCUCAGGAAGCACUGGACCAGAUCAAAGCUGCCAAUCAGGCGUCAGUGCAGUCUCAGCUGGAGCAGAGGAUCCGGGAGCUGGAAGCAGAGAUGUCCCGGGCACGCUCCACUCAGCAGGACAGCCUCAGCCAAAGAGAGACCUCCCGUGCAGAACUGGAGAGGUACAGAGGCAUGUAUUCAGAGGAGCAGCGGCUGCGCAAGUCUCUGGCUGCCAAACUAGAAAGGGCCAACACACGACUGUCAGAAGCCAAUUCAAAGUUGCUGAGUGAACGCAGCAAAUCCCUGAUUGCCGGUUCUUUAGUUAACAGCUCUGCUCUCGGGGGCUCUCUGGGCUCGUCUCCUGGGACCCUGGGACUGGACCGGAGUCUGGGUCUGUCUCUGCUCAGCCCUGUCAGCCCGGGACACAGCAGAGGGGUGGAGGACUAUCUCGCUAAGAUGCGAAAUGAGUUGGACAGAAACAUAUCAAAGGAGCUGAGAAGUGCCACUGCAGAGCUGGACUUGGCCUCUGCACGUCUCUCUCCGGUGGGAUCGGCCACUCUGGACCCCGUGAGCCGAGCCACGCAGGACUAUCUGACGGUACUCAAGAAGAACUACCACAUCUGAACCCAAAGGUCACAGCUCAACGGACACAGAUCACAGACACCUGCUUCAGAAAGUUAAUCUUUAUAUUAGAAAAAUAAAGUUCUAACAAAAGCACUAAAGGCAGAUAUUUUUAAAGCUAUUUUAGCUGCAGCUUACAGAGGCUUCUACUAUAUUUUUGCUAUUUCAGCUUGUCUCAUACUGUAUCACUGUUGCCUCUAUCAUAUGUACCUAAAUAUGAGUUAUAUAUUGGAAAUUAUAUGAACUAAAAGGGCAGCCCAACUUGGAAAAAAAAACAACUCUUUAUUUUCAAAUUGGUUCUUGCUCGUUUAUCUUAAUAAUUAGAAUAGAAUAGAUCUUUAUUGUCAUUGCAACAUGCCACAUGUACAACGAAAAUUUAAAAGUGUCGAGCAGUUUAAGGUGCUAAGGAAACAAACCCCCCUCACACAUACAUC